GUUGCUUUGGCACCGUGAGCGGUUCUAUCCAGUUGUCGUUUCAAUUAGUCGUGAGCAAGCAGUCACUUUGGACACUACAAUUUAUAUUGGAGCGCUAUCGCAUUUAAGAGUGACGUCAAGUUUUAAUUUCAUUCACAGAUCGCCCGCCAGUCAGACGGUUCUCAGAAGAUUGCUGCAACGUAAAUUCGUGUUAUUGGAAUUCCGCUUUAUUUUUUUUUUUUUGUUUUUACUUAAGCCAGCGUUAUGUUUUCAAAAUUAACAACCAGAUUGGCACCCCGCCUCUGCACACCCGGCACAACAAUUGCCAGCCGUCAAUUGACAUCGCAACAAGUCUUCGAACGCGAAGAUAAAUACGGCGCUCACAAUUAUCAUCCCCUGCCCGUGGCACUCACCAAGGCCAAGGGUGUCUUUGUCUGGGAUGUGGAGGGCAAGCGAUAUUUUGAUUACUUGAGCGCUUAUUCAGCUGUCAAUCAGGGCCAUGGUCAUCCCAAAAUUAUUAAAGCUCUGACGGAGCAGGCUCAAGUAUUGGCCUUGACUUCACGAGCCUUCUAUUCGGAUGUCUUGGGAGAGUAUGAGGAAUAUGUCACCAAAUUGUUUAACUAUGACAAAGUUUUGCCCAUGAACACCGGUGUUGAGGGUGGAGAAACUGCCUGCAAAUUGGCCCGUAAAUGGGCUUACACCAAGAAGAAUAUCCCGAAAAAUCAAGCCAAGAUCAUCUUUGCUGAGAAUAAUUUCUGGGGCAGAACCUUAUCAGCCGUCUCAGCAUCCACCGAUCCCAGUAGUUAUGAGGGCUUUGGACCAUUUAUGCCUGGCUUUGAAAUCAUCAAAUACAAUGAUGUGCAGGCCUUGGAGAAAGCCCUUCAAGACCCCAAUGUUUGCGCCUUCAUGGUCGAGCCCAUUCAAGGUGAAGCCGGUGUGGUGGUACCCGAUGAUGGCUAUUUGAAAAAGGUACGCGAACUGUGUACCAAAAACAAUGUGCUCUGGAUUGCCGAUGAGGUACAAACCGGUUUGGCACGUACCGGUCGUAUGUUGGCUGUCGACUAUGAGGGAGUCAAACCUGACAUUUUAAUUUUGGGUAAAGCCUUAUCGGGUGGUAUGUAUCCCGUAUCGGCUGUCUUGGCCAAUGAUGAUGUUAUGCUGUGCAUUAAGCCCGGAGAACAUGGUUCCACCUAUGGUGGCAAUCCCUUGGGUUGUAAAGUUGCCAUGGCCGCCCUGGAGGUGUUGCAAGAAGAGAAAUUGGCUGAAAAUGCCUUCAAAAUGGGUGAAUUGUUGAGAAGUGAAUUGAACAAGUUGCCCAAGGAUGUGGUUUCGGUGGUCCGAGGAAAGGGUCUGCUCAAUGCCAUUGUUAUCAAUUCAAAACACGAUGCCUGGGAUGUCUGCUUGAAAUUGAAGGAGAAUGGCUUGUUGGCCAAACCCACCCAUGGUGACAUCAUACGUUUUGCCCCUCCCCUGGUCAUCAACGAGGAACAAAUGUUGGAAAGUGUGGAUAUCAUUAAGAAGACCAUUAUGUCCAUGUAAAAGACAAUAGCCGUGCCUUAAUUCCAAGAAUCUGAAGUCUGAAUAUUUUGUAAAAGAAA